AUGAAGAACUAUGGUAACUACUACGAUGAUGAAGGAAUACAACGUGAAGGCUUCCAAGUCGUUGAAACGUCGUCAAACGUGUACGAUAGUCGUUCUAUAAAUACUGAGAUUGACUGGAAGUGCGAACCGAAUAGGAGGAUGAUGGCAGCGUGGGCAGCAUUCGCAGAAGUCAGCAAAGCUACGGUCGAACCGGCGGACCAAAACCCUUCGUACCAAUCUGCUCGAAUCGAUAGCUCUUCUAGCGGUCUGUUACGAAGCGAAGACGAGAGCAGACACCGCUGCGACAUCUAA